UGUUCCUGCCUACUGCUAUUGCUUCUCUUUUUUUCUCUUUUGUUUCCACCCAUCCCUUACUUUUUUGUUGUUGCCGUACUCUGUCAGCCAGGCGUUUGUAGCAGCUCUGUUGCCGUCCAUGGCCAGCCGUCCCCCCGCCGCCUCUUGCUCCUACACGGUGGUCCUCAUCCCACUCAGGAGCAGCCUGGACGCACUUCGCUUCUACUUGUGGAUCAGGCAUCUCAAGGAUCUAGAAAAGGAAAAAGACAUCCUGUACUGUGGUCUGGAGAUUCUGGACCAGGCCCGACUCUGGUACCACCAUCAACUAGAAAAGAACAAGGCCCAGCAGGCUGACGCCGACGGCAAGAGUCGGAUCAACUCCCCUCGAGAAGGUGUAGCAAAGGUCCAUUCCUGUUGGCUGAGGUCACACAUGGAGCAAGUGAACGCAUCUCUGGCUUCUGUCAUGGCUGAGCCCUUUGACACCGGCACCAACAAUAAUGACGCUGCAGCAGAGAGCGCCCUCCGGUGGCAACACACCCUACUCACACAAGAAGUGAGUCACAAGAAUCGCCAAAUCUCCAUGUUAGAGAUGGAAAAAGAAGCGCUCAUUGAACAACUUUAUGAAGUUUAACCUGCCAUGUCACCUCGCUGUCACGGAUCGGAUGGAGCAGGGCGACCAAAUGCAGCUUGGACCAGGGUUUAUUGAAGGGAACUCAAAGGGCAAACUGACAUGACUUAACAAACAAUAACUUGACUGACUGGCCGGGAGGUGAAACAAGAAGACGACAACAACACAAUGAUCCGACCGGGAGUGAGGGCCAGACAGGACUUAAAUACACGACAGGUAACAAGAGGCAGGUUGGAAUGAUCACACUAAUCGUGGGCAAACAGGAGGGGAGGGGCGAGCACACAGGUAACACACAACAUGCACAUAACAAAACAACCGGGGACGAGACGUGACACUCGCCUCAUUUGUAAAAAUAUGUUUAAGUUAUUGAAAUAUUGUACAGUCAAGGGAAGGAAUUUGGUGUGACUCCUAAGACAAUUAUUUUACUUUUCAAAUUUCAGACACGUAUUAAGUAGCAUCCCUGUUUGCAUUGGGCGCAUGCGGGCUCUCUGCCUCGACACGCCGAGCCGACUCGGUGGUCCCGUGCUGAUCUUAGUUGUGCUGAUAAAUUUUAUCUAAGACGGUCAUCAGGCGAGUCUACGGGAAUUUCGGGCCCCUCCUCUCACUCUUUUUUUUUUUUGCACUUGGUCACUGAAUAACAAAAACUCCACUUGACGUUUUGACCACGCUAUUUUGUCUUUAGCAUUUCUUUUGAACAAAAAUGUGACGAGUGGACAGUUUUGAAGAAUCUAUUUUGUGAUGUCAUACUAAAUUGUAGAGGAAUAUAAAGGUCUAACCUCUCCGUCACGCCCUAGUGAGCACUUUUUGCUCACUUCCUGCAAGUAAGCAGAUUAAAAUCAACCCGUGUGCGUCCAAAAGAAAAACAUCCAUUAUGGAGGUGGCUUUCAUUUAAGGAGCUUCAUGCUUUCUGCCUUCAAACUGCAACUGAACCAUCAAGGCCCGGGUACCAGCACUUGUCGAUUUACCAUCUCCACUUCACAUGCUGAGAAACUUUGUUUUGGACGUGUCACGCCUCACGGUUCAGCUCAAAUGCACCCCGUGCGGGUCUGAUCAAAUCCUCUAUGUACAAUGUCAAUAUCGGGUUUUAUUUUCCAAUUUUGUGGGUUUAGCGCAAAUCUUAAGUCGCUUCCGUGCAGGUCCGUAGCGGUGGGAAGAUCUGGGGGUCCUUGAUAAAUGACUUCCUGUCAUGCUUGUAAU